UUCUAUUUUCCAAUUUGCACCCCGCCACGUCAACCGUCCGCGGCUCCACGUGCUUUCCAAUCUUCGCCCUCGUUCGCUAAAGAACUGUUUUCAUCGUCGUCUUCUCCGAGUAUCAUCUUCUGGCUCCUCUGCUGCUAAUCCCUCGCGCGCUUUCCCGUCUACCCGACACCAUCUUCCACACUUACAAUUAUAUACAUAAGUUAAGCACCAAGCCCUUGGAGAUCUGUCUUGACUACACCAGACUAUAUCUGUAUAAGAUCGCCCAAGAUUGAAGCCCUAAACCCUGCAAUUCGUCUGAGCUUCGGACUCCAAUUCUAAUAUUAAAUUUUGGAUCCGAUUUAAGUAAAAAGGAAUCGGGUUUAGGAGGAAAGUUUGAUCAUACUUUCAAGCAUUGGCCAGCUAUCGAAGAUGGAGCAGCUGAAGACAAUCGGACGGGAGCUCGCAAUGGGAUCACAAGGAGGGUUCGGUCAGUCGAAGGAAUUCCUGGACCUCAUCAAGUCGAUAGGAGAGGCUCGAUCCAAGGCCGAAGAGGACCGAAUCGUCCUCAACGAGAUCGAAACCCUCAAGCGCCGCAUCGUGGAGCCUGAUAUCCCCAAGAGGAAGAUGAAGGAGUUCAUUAUGCGGCUCGUCUAUGUUGAGAUGCUCGGCCACGAUGCAUCUUUCGGGUACAUCCAUGCAGUAAAGAUGACACACGAUGACAGUUUGCAGCUUAAGAGAACUGGAUAUCUUGCCGUAACAUUGUUUUUGAAUGAGGACCACGAUUUAAUCAUCUUAAUCGUGAACACAAUUCAGAAGGACCUCAAGUCUGAUAACUACUUGGUGGUUUGUGCAGCACUUAAUGCUGUAUGCAGGUUGAUUAACGAGGAGACAAUCCCUGCAGUGCUGCCUCAAGUGGCAGACCUAUUAGGGCACCCCAAGGAGGCGGUUAGGAAGAAGGCUGUCAUGGCACUCCACAGGUUUUACCAGAAGUCUCCAUCUUCUGUACUCCACCUCGUCUCCAAUUUCCGGAAGAAACUCUGUGAUAGUGAUCCUGGUGUUAUGGGGGCUACUCUCUGUCCUCUUUUUGAUCUUAUCUCAUUUGAUAUUGAUUCCUAUAAAGAUCUAGUAGUUAGCUUCGUGAGCAUUCUCAAGCAAGUAGCUGAAAGGAGAUUGCCAAAGAGCUAUGAUUAUCAUCAAACACCUGCUCCAUUCAUUCAGAUCAAAUUGUUGAAGAUUUUGGCACUAUUGGGGUCUGGUGACAAAAAGACAAGUGAACACAUGUAUACAAUGGUUGGUGAAGUAAUGAGAAAGUGUGAUUCUACAACUAAUAUAGGAAAUGCCAUUUUGUAUGAAUGCAUUUGUUGUGUUGCCUCCAUCCAUCCUAAUCCCAAGCUAUUGGAGUCUGCAGCAGAUGCAAUUGCCAAAUUUUUGAAGAGUGAUAGCCAUAAUCUCAAGUAUUUGGGCAUUGACGCUCUUGGAAGGUUGAUAAAGAUUAGCCCAGAAAUUGCUGAGCAACAUCAGCUGGCAGUGAUAGAUUGCUUAGAGGACCCAGAUGACACCCUGAAGCGAAAGACUUUUGAACUUCUAUACAAAAUGACAAAAUCAUCAAAUGUGGAAGUGAUUGUUGACCGCAUGAUUGAUUACAUGAUAAGCUUAAAUGAUACCCAUUACAAAACUGAAAUAGCAUCUAGAUGUAUCGAACUUGCAGAACAAUUUGCCCCAAGCAAUCAAUGGUUUAUCCAGACUAUGAAUAAAGUAUUUGAGCACGCAGGAGAUCUAGUUAACAUAAAGGUUGCACAUAACUUGAUGAGGCUAAUAGCCGAAGGGUUUGGAGAAGACGAUAAUAGUGCUGAUAGUCAGCUGAGAUCUUCUGCUGUUGAAUCAUAUUUGCGCAUCAUGGGAGAGCCUAAACUUCCCUCUGCAUUUCUUCAAGUCAUUUGUUGGGUAUUGGGAGAAUAUGGCACUGCUGAUGGAAAGUAUUCUGCUGCGUAUAUAACGGGGAAAAUAUGUGAUGUUGCAGAAGCACAUUCGACGGAUGACACUGUUAGGGCCUAUGCAAUAUCUGCACUCACAAAAAUAUAUUCCUUUGAACUAGCAGCCGGAAGAAAAGUUGAUAUAUUGCCUGAGUGUCAAUCAUUCACAGAAGAAUUAUUAGCAUCCCACUCAACAGAUUUACAGCAACGUGCAUAUGAACUUCAAGCUGUCAUUACUUUAGAUCCUCGCGCACUUGAAAGUAUAAUGCCAAUGGAUGCAAGUUGUGAAGAUGUUGAGGUUGAUAAGAGCCUUUCAUUCCUUGAUGCUUAUGUUCAAGAGUCAUUAGAAAGUGGCGCCCAACCCUACAUCUCAGAUGCUGAGCGUGCGGGAGUGAUGAAUGUUGCUUUUAAGAAUCAACAAGACCACCAAAAUGGAACUUAUUCUUUGAGAUUUGAAGCUUAUGAUCUUCCUAAACCCUCUUCCUACACAUUACCCUCCUCCUCAACUGACCUUGUUCCCAUACCCCCCCAACCUUCUCAUCGUCAUGCAGAAGCCGCUUUUGAAAAAACAUCUGUUAUUCACGAUUCAGGAGGAAUCAAGCUCCGCCUUGAUGGUGUUCAAAGAAAGUGGGGUAGGCCCACCACUUACUCUUUAUCAGAUUCACCACCACCACCACCACCACCCUCUACUUCAAACUCUAGAGCACCGCCGCCCGUUGUGUCAAAUGCUUUUGUUAAUAACAAUAAGAAGCAGCAGCAAGUGGUGGUUGAUGUUGAUCCACAAAAACAGAGACUUGCUGCUUCACUUUUCGGGGUUGGAUCGAAAACUGAAACAAGGAAGAAGCACUCUUCUGCUACUGCUCAUCAUAACCAUCACAAGACAGCUUCUAAUAGCAGUGGUGAGUUAGUAAAACCAACCACCUCACUGCCACCACCCCCUGACUUACUUGACUUGGGCAUGGAACCAGCUAGUGCACCACCGCCGUUGGAUCCUUUCAAGCAAUUGGAAGAUCUUCUUGUUGAUGAUCUCAGAAAAGGAGAUGUGACAACAACUUCAAGCUGGCAUAAUGACAGAAAUGAGCAUGGAGGAAGCAUCAUAAGAGAGACGAGCCAGGGAACAAAGAGUAGAGAUGUUAUAGAGAAGGAUGCUCUUGUGAGGCAAAUGGGAGUGAUACCAUCUACUCCAAAUCCCAGUCUGUUCAGCAAUCUGCUCGGGUAGGUGGAUCAUUUAUUGACCCACCGCUGGUUUGAAGUUUCUUUCAUUGGUUACCGCCCAAUGUUAAUGCUGCUGCAUGGUAUAAUGGUGAUGGUAGUUAGCCCGGGAUUGUUUGUAUCAGUUGAUGCAUGCGUGGUAGUUUAGUUGGUGUAGAUAAUGAGAUGCCUGAUAGAGAGAAAUUAGAGGCACCUGAACUUUAUAUAUGCGAGUCUUGUGUUUUUUCCCUUCUACGAUAAGGCUCUAAAAGUAUUUGAGAUUCAUAAGGGUUGGUUUUCUUGUUCAUUCCCUUGUUUGACUUUCACUGUUCUUCGAUAUUGCUGGUGGGAAUUGAUUUUUUUACUGGGUAUUUUUUUUUACUGUGUACUAUCCUGAGAUAAUAAAUUAUUUAUUGGUGCAUGUGUUUGUUUGAUAAACUGAGUUACAUCUAAAAUUGGGUGUGCU